CAAAAGUUAGAGGAGCAGCAAAUGCAACAACAAGGCUUGCCGAAUGGAAGCAAAGUGAGAAACAAUCAACACAAAAAGUUCCUAAAUCAAAGUCACAUUUGUGCAAACAAACAAACAAACAAAAAAAACGCACACGAAAAAGUUCCUAACAAGAGCGACGCCAGAGCAGAUCUAACAGCAAGUUUAACAACAAGUCUAACAGGAGAACAACAGAACAGGAGCAGCAUAAUCAGAAGAAGGAGAAACAGAGACAGCAUGACAGCACUGGGAUUAGUUCUGCUAUCAAUGAUGGGCUAUACGCAGCACAUGCAGCAACUACAGCCCAGCAGCGUAGGAGUGGAGGGAGGAGCACGACUGCUCUCCCGUGCGGACUGGGGAGCCCGCGUGCCGAAGUCCGUGGAACAUUUCGAGGGACCCGCUCCGUACGUCAUCAUCCAUCACUCGUACAUGCCCGCCGCAUGCUUCAGCACUGCUGAAUGCAUGAAGAGCAUGCGGGAUAUGCAGGACUUCCAUCAGCUGGAGCGCGGAUGGAACGAUAUCGGCUAUAGCUUUGGCAUCGGAGGCGAUGGGAUGAUCUACACGGGUCGUGGCUUUAACGUGAUCGGAGCCCAUGCCCCCAAAUACAACGAUAAGAGCGUGGGCAUUGUCCUCAUCGGAGAUUGGAGAACUGAAUUACCGCCCAAGCAGAUGCUGGAUGCUGCCAAGAAUCUGAUCGCUUUCGGCGUGUUCAAGGGGUACAUUGAUCCCGCCUACAAACUGUUGGGCCACAAGCAGGUGCGCGACACAGAGUGCCCCGGCGGUAGACUCUUCCAGGAGAUCUCCACGUGGCCGCACUUUAACAAUUCAAUCCGUUUCAACACAACGACGGAGCAGCCACAAAAGGUAGAGCCACAGCCACAGCAACAGCACCAACCGAAGACCCUGCCUGCGAACCCCAAGGUCUAGUUAAGCUCACUUCUAAUUUUAAUCCUAAUCCCCAAUACCCUACAACGCCACACGAGCUCCCGCCUCCCCCGCUCAAUGCCAAGGAGUUCAUUCAGUAUUCAUUAGAUGUCUCUCUGCGAACAUUUCACAAAUAAAGCAAUUUCUAGAUGAUAACGCUUAAGCGAA